GGAAGUCAUUGUUCCGAAACAUUUCAUUGGGUUACCGCAAAUAACUAGCAAGCUAGCCGACUAAUCGCGGACUGCAGACCUAUUCUAGAUUUGCUCAUCUGUGCAAUUCCACAUACUGUGCUUAGAGGUAUUUACCAUGUAUCGACUCAUGAAGUAACCAUCUGAAUUCUCCUUAAAAUGGACGAAAUAAGUCCAUUGCUGACAACUCGGCCCUCAGAAAGUGUUGAUCUUCCUUCUCCAAAUUUGAGACCGAGGCAUCGUGAGCUCAUCCCUACACCCUGUGGUCCAAUAAAGCCAUGGUCGGAGCUGACCUGCCUGGUUAAAGUGUAUUAUUGUUUCACCGUCACAUCUUUAGUGGGGGUUCUGGUCCUUACAUUGGUAAACAUAUACGGACAAUUCCAGAAGAACGACAGUUAUGAAGAGGAGUCGGUGUCCCUCAUUCAGCUUGUGGGAAUAUUGUUCUGCCUGUAUUACAUCACGCGGGGGAUUCUGCAGGAGAACCGGCAGGAGCUGAUUGCGUUCGUGCUGAGUGUGGUGUUGGUCAUGGUGCGCUCUGUGGUCAACUUCACCGUCCUGCUGCCAGAGGAACGGAAGAGCCUGCUCCUGGUGCGGUUUGUGUGCCUCCUGUGUGUGGGGCUGCUGCACGUGGUGUGUGCCACACUCCUCAUCCAGAGACCCAACAUGAUGGCCUUCCGUGUGGGCGGAGCCUUGGAGAGCCUACAGGAGCAGUACUUCCUGCUCAGCCUCUGCUUUUCCUUGGUGACCUUUGACCUGCAGGCCCAGCUGUGCCUGUGUAUCCUGAUAAUAACCUCCAGCAUGUCUCUGUCCGUCUCCCACAUCGUGAUCCUGGGCUUCGGGGUCAUCUGGGCCUGCUUCACGGCAGCUACUGGAGCUGUCGCGGUUUUAAAAGAAGUGAAGAUGCUUGUCUGGAUUUUCGUCCUUCAAAACCUGCCAGAGCUGGCCUAUUUCAUUUACCUUCUUUAUGUGGUGAUAGAGGACUGGGGACAGGGCAGGUCGUACAGCGAGGAAGCAGCAGCCAUCACAGGCUCCUGUAUCUCAGUCCUGAUCAAAGGCGUGCUGUUCUGGUCACUGUUCCAGCUCUAUCACAGCUUCGGCCAGGGCCUGAGAGAGCGCAUGUUCGCCUCCAGGCAGCAAUGAGGCCACGGCCCCACCUACAAGGAGCAUCAUGGGAUAUGUGCCAUCAACAAUGGGUCCAGGACUCUUGUGCAAUGCGAACGCACUGGAGAACUGACUCUGCAGCCUUCAACGGUGUCUUGAGUAACACACGGUUGGUUUAUUGUGGGUCGUAAGCCCUUUCAUUGGACGGUAGACAGGGGGAGUGACCCUGCCUGUACACUGUAGGUAGCUGCUGCUUUGCCUCAUGCAGGCUUUUAUUAAGGAUUUUAACAACGGAUCUAAUGUGUUGCACUAACGUGGGAACAAAUACCAUUAAUCUUGUCAUUGAAAGGUCAAUUCUUGUAAAUACAAACCAUGUAAAUAUUUGGUAAAAGUGCCUUUUUAACUUGCCUUUUUAAUUAUUAAUCACAGUUGUUGAAUUUGUACAUUGCAUUUUUCUUACACACAUUUUAUGAAUUUGUCUAACGAGGACCUUGCAUAAACAAUGAGAAGUUAAACCCACAGAAUUUGUACAAAAUAAUCCUGUUUUUUAUGUCUGAAUUUGAGCAAGCAUGCUGUUUUUUUAUUUUUAUUGACUGAGAGCAUUUUAACAUAGCAGUGGACAUUCUGCAUGAUGUGAGACACAAGGCACGUUUUUCAUCGAAAAGCUAACAUACGGUAUGUAUUGUGUGGCCCCUAGUGGACAGAACGUAUAUAGCAUUAACUUGGUUUUGAACAUGCCCCUCUGCAGCCAAACAAAGGAACUUUUGCAAGUGCAAUUAUUUUGCCAUUUUAAAAUGACCAUGUUAACUUUUAUACUGUUGAUAAGGAUGUACUAAUGUACCAAGACUUAUGAUGACCUCCAAUUGUGAAAAGGUUUUUUGGGAAUGUUUUUUUUUUUUUUUUUCCCAAUGUAAGCAUGUGUCCAUUCUGUUGCAUUCAAGUCUUCAUUUGUCCUGUACAAAAACAUCACUCCAAUUUGAACGUGGAUAGGAAUAAGAGGUACCACGGUCUCUUACUACUGCACUCUAAUGGACAUCAGGUACUCUGGUCUGACCUCACGUUCCAUGUUCCCUUUUUCUAUGGCUUGUUAUGUACUAAAAAAUGGAUAACCGUCUUGAGGCAAGACUAACCAGGGCAGUUAUAGAGGCCAUUUUACAUAGCAAACAGGAAAAAUGAAAUCAGUGCUAUCAAGCCCAGCAAGAUCCAUUAAAUAAAAUUUGUAUUAUGUGGUU